GCAAAUGUCACAUUUGUGACUGUGGAGAAGAGCUACUCGAGCAGGGUGUGACUGACACCAACAAUGCGCCUUCAAGGCAUUUUGGUUUGCUUGUACUUCUAUCUCAUAUUCCCCGCCAAUAUCAUAGGGCUCUGGUGGGCGGUGGGAAGCCCACUAGUGAUGGAUCCGAACAGUAUCUGUCGGAAGUCGAGGCGACUGGUUGGAAAGCAACGCAAAAUCUGUCGCAAUGAGCCGGAGAUCGUGGAGGAGGUGGCCAAAGGCGCUCGGCUGGCCCUCCUGGAAUGCCAGUACCAGUUUCGUGACAGGCGAUGGAACUGUACUUCCAAAAAGAGAUCCAUCUCCAAAGUUUUAAAACGAGACACGCGAGAGUCCGCCUUCCUGUACGCCAUCACGGCUGCUGGCGUGGUGUACGCUGUGACGCAGGCCUGCAGCCUGGGCGGGCUGCUGCAGUGCACGUGCCAGAACCACGCGCGUGACAUGUCCACUGACGGCGAGUGGGAGUGGGGUGGCUGCGGCGACAACGUGGAGUUCGGGUACCAGAAGUCGCGCGAGUUCAUGGAUGCCAGGCGCCGCAAGAAACGAGGACGCGCUGACGUCACCACGCUGAUCCAGCUGCACAACAACGAGGCGGGACGAAGGGCGGUGAAGAAGUACAUGCGGCAGGAAUGUAAAUGUCACGGCCUGUCCGGCUCUUGUACUCUCAAGACCUGCUGGAUGAAGAUGCCGGCUUUCCGGGACGUGGGCGACCGCCUCAAGGCCCGCUUUGAUGGCGCGGCCAAGGUCAUCAUCUCCAACGACGCCAAGGAGCUGCUCCCAGAAGGGGAGACAAUCAAACCUCCCUCCAAGGAGGACCUGGUAUACUCAGAGGAGUCUCCGAACUUCUGCAAUCGCAAACGCAAAGUGGGGUCCCUAGGGACCAAAGGUAGGGAGUGCGACCCAAAUUCCAUGGGCGUCGGUGGCUGUGAUCUGCUGUGCUGCAACCGCGGCCACUCCAAGGAGCAGAUCACAGUCAAAGAGAACUGCAAGUGUCGUUUCAUGUGGUGCUGUGAAGUCCAGUGUGAGACGUGCACGACAGUCAAGACUAUACACAGGUGCUUGUGAGGAGGACUGGGUCUCACCAUCAGACAGACACCAUGCUCUGAAAUGCAUGACCACGCUGAGGUUUGAACCUUCCACCACCGCUCCCCCUUUGUCCAUAGUGUCAUUGAUGGGGGGAACUGGAGACUAAAACGUGCUAAAGGGCCAAGCUUGGUUCCCGGAAGUUGUUGUGAAGAAUACAUAUGCAUGUAACGGAGCUGCGUGGAUGGACCACACGGUUGUUGUCAUUUGACUCUUAAUCUUAUGAUGAGCUAUGGUUUUCAUAACUGUCGGGUUUAUGUUACUAUUACGUGCAUCUGCCCUUUACACGAGGCAUAGUGAUCUUGCUAAUUAGUCCUUAAUGACCUUUGACACCAAGAGUGUGACACGUGUCCCAUCAUGUAUAAGAUAAUCUAGAAGAGCAUGGACGAUGGGUGUCUAUACGAGUCUUUGAUGUGACUUUGUUUUUUCUUGUUGUUGUGGUGAUCAUGAUGUAUGCUGUGACGUCAGCAAUGAGCGUGACAAUAGGACCUGUCACAGAAGCUCGCUGCUUUUGUGUUCACUCACCUAAAUGGAUACUGUCAACAGGUACUUGUGAAAAGACAGACACUGUGCCUUUGCCAUGGACACAAUUCGGCGAACUGUUUUCUGUUUGUCACCAACGUCUCCUAAAGAAACUGAGAGCGUUUUGCAAACUCCUCCUGCUUCUGUUCUGCUGCUCAUUUUGACACUAGUUUCUAGCAGCCAAAAAGAAAUGUUUGUCAUUUCAAAAAAACAAAAAAAACAAAAACAAAACAACAACAAUGGAGUGUACAAAUAUGGUGUUUACAUAUAAUGAACGUUAUAUUAUUUAGGUCUGUGCCUAUACUUGCUGACAUCAGUCAGAAAGGCUCUCACACACCAAAAGGUCAGAGCAGUCGUCGAUUGUGUUUGAGCAACGAUUCUGAUUUCUUUUUUUUAAAAAGUCGGAUGCUAGGUUGUAACAGCUGAGAAGUUGUUGAAAGGAUGCGGACAUACUUUGCAAAAGUGAAGUCGGUUGUAUAAGACAACGUGGAUCAUGACUGCUCGAAUGAAAGGUGGUUGAACUUUACUUACUCACGCACUCAGGCAUGCACGCACGCACUCAUUCACUCACUUUCUACUCACCUUAGGUGUAUAUAUACACGAUAUAACUGUGCGUGAAGUGAGCAGGACGGAGCGUCAGUUCGAUGUAUAUACACGAUGAACUUUGCCUGAAGUGAGUGGUUCAUCCAAAGAAAAACACUGGAUGAGGUGCACAUGUUUGACCCCCGUUAAAUCAACUCUAUCUGGGUGUAAAAAGAGGGAAAUAGGAUGUGACCCCGCCCAUCUAUCAGCCCUCUAUGCCAGUCAUAAUAGUUUCAGUUUGUACUUGACUUUAACCCUCUAUGUCAAUGGAUGUAGUGGCUACAAUGCUCAUUGUAGUCAAGUCAUCUGUUUUGUGCAGGCUUCACUGUGUUUCUUCUGAUAUUUUAGCUUAGCUAGUAUUUUUUUUUCUUUUUAUGCUAAAACUAGAUCAUCGUCCAUGGGUAUCCUUAACCCAGUAUGAUGCGCUGGGGAGGUAAAGGAAGAUUGUCUAUACUAACCUCUGUGACAGUGGAUGAUUUUAUGUAUCUUUCUGAUGGCGACACACACCGUAUAGAUACACCUUUAUUAUCUGCACGAAAUAACCUUCUAGGGUUAUCUACUCUAUCUGUCAUUACUGAGCCAGCCAGUCGUACGAUCAGCCAACCAACUGACGGUGUACGUGCGAAGAUGCAUGUGCGGAAGUCCGUCCAUCUUUUCGUAAUACAAUCAAACACACUAGCAGACACACACGCACACGACCAUCAUCUCCGUACCAUAGUCUAAUAAUGAAAAUUCAGUUUUCAUGCACAUGUAUGCCAUGUUCCUCGAAGGAUCCAUGGCUGUGAAUAGGACUCACUUCCUGUCACGGAGUCAGUGCAACAUGUUAGCUUAAGGCGCUUGGUCUCAUGGGAUGCACACUGAAGACCAGAGCCCCACUGCGUCCUCAUCAUACACCAGGAUGCUAGAAUCUCCUUCUCUGUGUUGGCUGCUGUCUGGUCGCUGGGUAAAAUCUGUUUGCCUCUGGAGACAUUCUACCUUCGGUUGCACACUUCUCAUCGCCAUCUACCUUUAAAUAUAUCUUUCUCAUUAUGUGUUUAAUGAACAGGACAACCUGCUUCUAGCCCCAAUGCACCUGAGUACAUGGACAACAACAGUUCUGUGUUGGUUUCUGUCGCCCCAGGAGAUACGUUUUACUCUCUAAUUUAAUGUUAAGAACUGUUCCUUUAGGCUCAGUUGUCUUUACUCCAUCAAUAGGUCUUCUUUGAAACAUAAAAUCAGCAAAAACAAAACGUACAUGGUCUGACGAUUUGCUGAAAUGGUUAAUAAUGUUUCUAUAUUUUUUAUGUAUCUUUCUGAAGGCGAUACACGACAUAUAGAUACACCCUUAUAUCGACACGAAGUAUCCGCAUGUAAUAAAUUAUUACCACAGGUCCAUUUCCUUGCUAAAUGCUUACAAUCACGGUUCUAUCUUAUUAAAUGUGUCACAAUCUAAAAUCAUUGGUACAUGUACCCCACAUGUACAGCUGAUGGUUUCAAGUCCCGACCUCAUACAACGCUGACGUAUUCAACUUAACGGUUCUAUUUGUUUGAAUACAUCCAAAUAAAUUGUAAUAAAAGUCUCUUUCACGGCUAGUAAGGAUACUAUAUUUAUAUUAUUAUUAAAUAGUAAACAAUUCUAACAUAAUCUGGCGUACAAUUGUUAAAAUUCUUUUUUUUUUUUACCAUUAUGUAUCCGAAAAAAUUGAGUUGAUUCUGAUGUAUAGUUUUAGUCACGUGAAGGUAUUAUGCUUGAAAGCGUUGAUGUGUCUUCUCAGGAACUAUUGAAGCAGUUUUCAAACUCAUAGAAUGACCAUAGAGAAGUAGUCCUUUGGCAUGUAAUACCUGACAGUGUACAGCUCAUGAUGAACACUCGGGUAUGUUGACCAGUGAACUCAGAUACAAGUCUUGAACACAGUGCCGACUCUAAUCUGCUUAUAUGUUUGGCUUCUUGUGGUAAGGCGCCUGCACUGUUGUGUCUGAUUUACCUGUAGACAUGUUGGCAGAAGGUUCUAGUGCCUGGCAUUUGCUUCUCUUUUUUUUUUCAAAGUGGAAGGACUUUUAAAAAAAACCAAAAGACUCGAUAAUGAGUUCCUGAGUGCUAGUGGAUGCAUGGAGAUGAAUUUUAACUACAGUUUGCAUUUAAAGGACAUAGUUUGUGCCGCUAUGUCAUAUUGUCUUACCAGAAAUCCAUUUGUUCUCAAAAUAUUACUUUGUCUGACAUUUAUUUUUAAAAAAGUUAAAAACUAUUUCUCCUCCAAAAUUUUUAAAUGCUAAAAAAAUUAUUUCAGUUAUACAACUGUUGUCUUCCUUGGUGUUUAUAAUCCCUCUUUUCAGAGAUUUUUGAAUGGAGGGAAAUCUGUACCCUACACAGCUUACUUUUGCUAAAUUUUACUGACCGACUGUGUUUUUGCUCAAAGUGGUCAUAAUUCAGCAGAGAAAUUCUUUACUUUCUUUCCCUUUCAUUGAAGAUCCAACAUCUGUUUGAAGAUGCUUCUAUCACAGUCGGUUUGGUCAAAGAUGACACUGUUCUGAUGCUGCUUGUCGGACAAACAAUUGUAAUAAGUGACAUUUUCUCAUGUCUUAUCUGCCUGACAGUGCCAUUCCCAUAGCCUGUGAUGGGCUGGGGCAUCUUUGUGGUCUUUUGUUUGUUUUUUUGUUUCUCUUUUUUUUUUCUUUCUUUCUUUCUUUCUUUCCCCCCUUUUUUUUACUAUUUUUCUUUUAACCAAGAGUCCUAAACACUAACAUUACGAUGAUGGGUUGCGUGAAGUCCAAAAUCUUUGUUAUCAUUCUCUACAUGAAAAACUCUUAAGAUGAGUUAAGAAGUUGGAGGCCAUAUGCCGACUGACCAAGAUUAAAGUGAUUUACAUUGCCUGAUGUGAUGGAAUGAUGUAUCUGUGGCAUUUUCUUACUACUACUGCUGUUACUACUAGAAACCCUGCUGCUAGUACUAAUGUUAGGUAUCCCCUGGUCCCCUUUUACCUAUAGCUGUUACAGAACGAUGAUUGUGAAAAAUAGAAUUAAUAGACAAUGUUUCCUUUAGUCGUUCAAAGUCUUGUAAUACCGAUUCCUCAGAAUUAGAAAUCAAUGCUCGAUCAACUAAGAGAACUGUAUAGUGAAAAUAUAAAGGCUUAUUUUAUAUAUAUAACCUAAGUUAAACUCUUGUAGGGGAGGACAAGACAAGUAAAGAUAAGUAAUGUAGCAAAGCUAUGUAGGUUUAGAGAAUUAUGUAGCAUUAGAAUUAUGGUGUGUAAAGGAGUUAUGCAGUAUAAAAAUUCUAAAUGUAGUAAUACUAAGCUACCGAUAAAGAGUAAGACGAAGAAGAGGGAGAAAAAAUAGAAUGAGCGAAAUGACCCUUCAAACCUUCUAGUUUUGUCAUUAUCAAAUAAAAAGUCGCUCUAGAGAAGUGACCAGGCAAAGUUUAGUGUCCAGAUUGUACUUUUUUUGUUUGACACUUUUGCUGUUAAGCUAUUGGAUGUUGUUUGAUGAUCUACUGUCCUCUUCUUGUGUUAGAAUGACUUUGCGACUUUCGCUUGUGUAGACACUGAUCGUAAAAUAUCAUUAUUCAUGUCAUUAUGUGUAUUAAUCCGAGAUUUCAUACAUGAUUGGUCCUGUGCAUACUGUGAAUUGCUGUUUAUUUGCUUGUAUAAUUUUAGAAUAUAUUUUGCUAUAUUCUAAGGAUACAAAUUCUAAAGAGCUUACUGUUUCCGAUUCGCACGUUUUGGCGUCGUUCUAAUGAUGAACUGUAACUUAUGUGAAAUUAAUCCUAAGCUAGAAUCUCAAGCAAACUAUUGCCCUGUAUAUUAAUGCCGCUAUGACUAUAAUUUAUAAGUAUGGAGCCUCAGUUCUCUAAGGUUGUCUAAUUACUGUCAGUAAGUAAUAAAGAUUACCAUUCAA